AGGUUUGAUCUCUGCUUCUCCCGUUUCUUUUAUUUUGUGAUCCAGCAGCAUAGACGAGACAAAGAGUAAUAUUUCUCAAAAGUCAAACGAUUUCACCUUCCUCAGAUGACGGAGAAAAGCGGCGACGGCGACGGCAGCGGUGGGGGUGAUGGUGAUGGUGGUCCAGCAGAGGAGGAGAAGAAUAAUAAUAAUGCUGAUGGUGGUGUUCCACCAGAGGAAGAGAAGGAGAAGGAGAAAGAGAAGAAUGGAGAUCCAGAACUGCUGAUCUGCUUGCUUCAACCUGCUCCCGCCGACUCCGAUCCCGACUACAUUGGCAUCCGUCGCCUUCUACUCUCUCGCAAGCCCCAGUCCCCAUUUCAUCGCCGCCGAGAUUGGAGAUGCAAUGGAAAAGGGUACGUCGCGAUUCGAAAUUACAUCCGGCGGCCGAGGAAUUUGGAGAGGAUGCAGACUCCGAGCCUCCAGACCACUCCCGGAAACAGGGUAAUUUACUGCUUCAUGCAUCAGUGGGAGAUGGAUUCUACCUACAAGUCCGCUGUCCCUUUUGUACGACGUCGAAAGCUGGAGUCCUGGCAGGGUAUGCAGCGCAUUUUGAGUUCAAUUUCCAUUACGUUAUGGAGUGGCAGUCAACCUUCACCUCGCAGAAGUUUUGGCUCCAGUAUAAGUGAUAGUGACCGCCCACGUCCUCGGCGGGCAGAACCUGCGUACUCGUUUGUAGGAAUGCAUUGCAUCUUUGAUCAGUGCACAGCCUCUGUUACGGUUUUGAAGUUUGGGCACAUGAGUUCUGAUCUGCUUGCAUAUGGAGCAUCAGAUGGAACCUUGACAGUAUGCACUGUUUCUGAUCCACCUUCAAUCCUCAAGCAUCUGCAUGGUCACUCCAAAGAUGUUACAGACUUUGAUUUUUCGUCGAACAAUCAAUACAUUGCAUCCUCAUCAAUGGAUAAAACUGUACGAGUGUGGGAGAUUUCAAAAGGCCUUUGUAUUCGAGUAAUAUAUGGAGUGUCUCCGCAACUGUGUAUCCGUUUUCACCCUGUAAAUAACAACUUUCUUUCAGCUGGCAAUGCAGACAAAGAAGUUACGGUUUUCAAUUUCAGCACUGGUAGGGUCAUUCAUAAAAUAUUCUUUGACAGUGAGGUUACCUCCAUGGAUUAUGCUCACACUGGACAGCUCAUUUUCUGUGGUGAUGCGACGGGCUGUAUAUAUUCUAUAAGCAUGAAUUCUCACACAGGAAUGUUGUCUCGCUCUCAUCGUCACCGAAGUAGCACAAGGCGGAAAUCUGCAGUCAUAACUGUGCAGUACCGAAGUUUUUCUCUGUUGGCUCGGGGCCCUGUCUUGCUUACGUGUACUCAAGAUGGAAGUUUAUCUUUCUUCAGUGUUGCUCUGGAAAUACAGGGUUAUUUGACUCUCCGUUGCUCACUGAAACUAAAUCCACGAAUAUACAGCAUCCGGGCUUCCUUCUGUCCACUGCUUUCCCUUGAAAAAGGAGAAUAUAUAGUUUCCGGAAGUGAGGAUUCAAAUGUCUACUUCUACGAUUUAACCCGGCCAAAGCAUACUUGUGUAAACAAGCUACAGGGUCAUCGAUUUCCGGUUAUUGGUGUUGCUUGGAACCAUGGAGAGAACUUGUUAGCAUCAUCUGAUUUCUACGGAACGGUUAUUGUAUGGAAGAGAUCAAAAACAGGUUAAAACAAACAUAUACCAAGAGAUACAAGCUUCAACUCACACUCUCGCAAUAGCGGGCUAUAAUUCUUCCAUUUUUCCCCAAAAAUGAGGUAUUAAACGUUAUAACGUCUCGUAUAAUGUACUAUUAACUGUAUCAAUCACGUAAGGAAUAGAGUGGCAUUACUUGUACAAGUGUUUGUAUCUUUUUUGCCAAUGUAAUAUGAAGCCACCAACUUGUUUUGAAUAAAGAGAGCUAUGCAAAUGAGAUGUAUGCUUUUUGUAGUUGAUAUAAUAAAGCUUGGUUUUCUUCUUAUGA